UGCUAUCUCCUCUAGUGUUAGCUUACACUUGCCGCUAUUGUGCGCCGCUUAACCACCUCUUAACCUUCACCCUCCACCAGCAUCACCACCACCGGCACUCCCUCGCUAUCUCUGCGCCCUCGACCACUCUAUCUUGUCUGCAUCCCCCAAAUCCUAGGUUCCUAACGGGGAACUCUCUCGUUUUCAAGAUGGAGCGAUUCUUUUCUGGAAGUGGGAUCAAUAAGAAUAAAGCAAUGGUGGAGCACUUGCAGCGCUAUGGAGUGAUUAAUUCGAAAAAGGUAGCUCAAGUAAUGGAGACUGUUGACAGAGCAUUGUUUGUGCCUGAUGGGAACCCGCCUUAUGUCGACAGCCCCAUGCAGAUAGGUUACAAUGCCACUAUUUCGGCACCUCAUAUGCAUGCCACAUGCCUCGAGCUGUUGCAGGAAAAUUUGCAGCCUGGAAUGCAUGCUCUAGAUGUUGGUUCUGGAACGGGGUAUUUGACAGCCUGCUUUGCACUGAUGGUUGGACCACAAGGUUGUGCAGUUGGAGUAGAACACAUACCUGAGUUGGUUGCUUCUUCAAUCAAGAAUAUCGAAAAGAGUGCAGCGGCUCCGUUAUUAAAAGAAGGUUCUCUCAAACUGCAUGCCGGUGAUGGAAGGCUAGGUUGGCCUGAGUGUGCACCAUAUGAUGCAAUUCACGUCGGAGCCGCAGCACCUGAGAUACCACAGCCACUUAUUGAUCAGUUGAAGCCCGGAGGUAGAAUGGUCAUUCCUGUUGGGAACAUAUUCCAGGAUUUGAAGGUUGUGGACAAGAACCUGGACGGCUCCAUCAGUAUCCGCAGCGAGACUUCUGUCCGCUAUGUUCCACUGACAAGUCGGGAGGCUCAGUUGCGCGAUUAUUGAGCCUUCACCGGCCUUCACUUGAAUAACGUGGCUCUGGGCAACAAUUUGUUGCUCAUUGGUUAUAGUGUCUUUCAAAGUUCUGCUUCUGCGUAGUUGGUUUAAUGUCUAGGUUUGGAACUGUCUUUGUAAAUUCUCCUGCUGGUAAUGAAACUUGGUCUAUGUUAAUAAAUUUUUAGUCUGCAAUUAGUAUGGACUUUUGAGUUAUUUUUAA